UGACUGGGGCCGACCCAAAGUGGGGAAGCGGCAGCGCAAGGGGGAACACUCAGUAGCUACUUGCUCAACAUACCGAAAUCAUCGAAAGGUUUAUCACUUGUGAUAUUUUCUAUAGUUCCAACUGUUUUCGUGGCGCGAAUUUCCGAAAUUUCCGAGUGAGAUGCGACGUCGUGUGCCGCAAGUUCGGUUUUGGCGGACUGAGUGACAACGUACACUGGUACACCGAGAAACUAACGCGAGUUAAUACACUGCUCGACCAUGUACAAGCUGCUUGGAGGACUAGCGAAUUACCUGAAGUACCAUGACAUCGUUACUGAUUGUGCGGUUUUCCGAAUGCACAACACAUUUACCUGUGCCUUGUUGAUGGCCUGCAGUUUGAUAGUAUCAGCGAACCAAUUUGUUGGGAAUCCUAUUCAGUGUAUUGUGGACGGAUUGCCGAAUCAUGUGGUCAACACUUACUGUUGGAUCUCGUCGACGUUUACUAUGCCUGAUGCCUUCAGGAGGCAGGUUGGCAGAGAAGUAGCUCAUCCCGGUAUAGCGAACGACUUCAGCGAAGGUGAUGGGGCACAAAAGUACUACACCUACUACCAGUGGGUGUGCUUCGUGCUCUUCUUUCAGGCCCUUGCUUGCCAUGCACCGAAGGUCCUAUGGGACCUGUUCGAGAAUAACCUGAUGAGGACGUUAGUGAUGGGACUCAACAUUGGAGUGUGCCAUGAAAAUGAGAAGAACAAGAAGAAAGAAAUUAUUCUAGGAUAUCUGAUGCGACAUGUUAAGCAACACAACCUGUACGCCAUCAGAUACUGGGCCUGCGAGUGCCUGUGCCUGAUCAACAUCCUGACGCAGCUCUACGUCAUGAACAGGUUCUUCGACGGAGAAUUCAUCUCUUACGGUUGGAGGGUGAUGAACUUCUCCGAGCAAGCGCAAGAGGACAGAAUCGACCCAAUGGUUUACGUCUUCCCUAGGGUCACGAAGUGCAUCUUCCACAAGUAUGGUGCUUCCGGAAGUAUACAGAAACACGACAGUUUGUGCGUGCUACCGCUCAAUAUUGUAAACGAGAAGACUUACAUCUUCAUUUGGUUCUGGUUUAUGAUCCUCGCCACCAUGCUAACAGUCCUAGUGAUAUACAGGGUAAUAAUAAUCACGUGUCCAAAAGUCAGGCCGAGAAUACUCCAUGCCAAACACAGAAGCAUUCCAAUAGAAGUCUGCAGAGCUUUAUGUCGGAAAGUAGAGAUGGGUGACUGGUGGAUCCUAUUGAUGCUCGGCACUAAUAUGGACCCGAUCAUCUACAGGGAAAUCAUCUCGGAGUUAGCCAAGAAGAUCGAUACAAGUAAUAAUCACUAGCUGUGUAAAUCAAGGAUGUGCGGUACAUUCAGCUAGAAUUUACGAUCCUCUUACCUCACGAAGUUAGGCGUCUGGGAAAUCAGAUGUUGUUUAAACACUUGCAAUUCUCCAAAACUGGAAUCAUUUCUUGCCCCUUCAGAAGGUAAAAUGCAAAACAAGGGCGAUUCAACACUCGUUCCAUUGUAGGAUGCACAGCUAUUCGUUGUGACGGAUUUUGCAAAAGUCAGUUUGAAGCCAAUAUAUUAAUUAUUUUAACAUGUCUAUAUUCAUAUAUAAGACAAGCAAUAAUAAUUUUUCAAAGUUCUUACGACUCUUGGCAUAUCCAAACUUUAUGACGCCUAUACAAGUUUAGGGAAUUGAAAAUAGGUACUUGAGUGAAUAUAGCUACAGUAGCAGGUUGUAUAAUUUUAUAUUUCGAAAGGAUGACUAGCGGUGAUAUCCUAUAUAAGUUCAAAUUUUGUGUUCAAAAAUAUCUACGUAGAAUUUGAAUGAACCUUUAAUCCCGAAAAUAUUUCACAGCCUCAUGUCGCAAUACUACUUUUGCAGAGACAGGUAUUAUAUGUAAUACGAGAGAUUUUCGGUAUAGUGUACCGCACAUUCCUGUAAGUGCAAGUAACAAUCUCGAAUGAACAAGAUACUGCCAUAACAGCUCAAAUUAUUAUAAAAAUGAUAUGUUCCCUUUGAAAUGUCCACACCUACAUCUUGGUGUAACAGGUAGAAUUUUUCCUAUGGUUCACUGUUUGAACCAUGGCGCUUUUUCUUAAACUGCAUAUUUUCGCGAAAAAAAAAAAACGUUACAAAAAGAGGAUUUUGAAUUUUGGGAAAACAAACUCUAAUCGAUGGUUAGACGUCUGUCUCCAUGGCAUUCCUUACAGUACUCAAGUUUCAUAAAUAAAAGUGAAACCAUUAAGAGUUGUGGCAUCUAGGUGGCACGUCCCUUUUUUAGAUCUUUGUUCUAAAUCCUUUUCAUCUGAUAAUGUCAUGGUGAGUAUGGAGAUGACUAAAAAACAAUGUUUUCAUUUUUUGUGCAUCUUAUUGUGCAUUUUUCUUCAAUCGGAACUUGUUAACAAAUAUAAGUACAGCUCUGAAAUUGUGUGUGAAUAUUCCUCUUUUAUGGAAGAAUGAAACAAGUGAUUACUUUUGUUCUUAGCCCUUUUCCUUUUCGAAGAAACUUUGAUUUUCUCGCAGCAAGUUGGGUUUUCAAGAGAAGCAAAGGUUUUUCGGAAAGAGAAAGUGAUAAGAAUGAAAGUAACCACUUGUGUCAUCCAUCCAUAAAAGUGGAAUGUUCACAUACAAUUUCAGAGCUGUACUAAUGUUUGUUAACAAGUUACGAUCGAAGAAAAAUCCACAAUAAAAUGCGCAAAAAAUACAUUUUAUGACAAAAAAAAAAUGAAAACGAUGUUUUUUAGUCAUCUCUAUACAAAAAGCGAAAAAAGAGACGUGCGGCAUUAAAGGGUAAAUUUCAUUCUUCAUAAAAAAACUAUAGUGGAUAUCGAACUGGAAAGUAUAAGUACAAAAGUCUACAUCUUAGUUUUUAAUACGCUAUGAGUUUUUAACAUUGUUGUAUUGUUCUAAAAAUAUCCAAAUUCUUUUAAUCACUAUUCAUCGCGAUUGUGCAUGAUUUUUAUGGGUAUUAUGAGAUAUUUGCUACCAGAGAUACUCAAAUAAUAUUCUCGAAAAAUUGUUUCUUUUUAUUUCUUCGUGAUUUUCGAUUUCAGGGAUGACAUUAUUAAACCAACCUCGCAAAGUAUAUUGAAUAACUACAGUUUUGAUUUUAGCGGUUCUGUAGAACUCACGUCUGAUCAUUUUCUUUUGCAACUCAGUAUUUAAAAUUGUUGACAUUAUUAAAGUACACAUUUUACGUUGUAAUGAUCGUAUCGAUAAAGUUAAAGACAAUAUGGCCGGAGUGUUUCUCAGGAAAUAUUUUGUCGAUUUUUGAUACAACCUAUGUUAACAAUAAAUUUGGAUGUGGACAAUGUAAUAUCAAAAGUAUUUUCGAAUGUUUUAUAAACUCUUUAUAAUGUUUAUUGACAAAUGUUUGUGAUAUAUAAACUGAAGGCAGUUCUUCCUGCCCAAAUACAAAAUACAAUGCCUUUAUACUGACGACUGCCUUAAGAUCUUUUUAUAAGCAUUUUUGGUGUAAAGUGUUUUGUAGAUGUUUUUACAUUAUUUGAUAGUACCUAUUUUUAGAUAUAAGUUGGUUUUAAGAACGAUUUGUCAGAAUCUAUUAUUACGUAUAUUGUAUAUUAUGUAAUAAAUUUUUUAUACAGUG